CGGGACGGGAUUUCUUCGACAGCGUCACCACCCCUCAUGGAACACAUUCGUGGCUGGCUGGUAGGAAGGAGUCCUCGCUCUGUUUGGAGGGAGUGAGGAGUUCAUCUGAGUCACCUCGCCGUUUUGGCCGUUGUGUUUGGACGGAGAGCUCACCGCUGUCCACUCUCAACACCAUGGCUGCUGGUCUCACCACGGUCUUCUUCAUUCACAUCUUCACUGCUUUAGCGCUGGAAUCAACCUCUGUGAAAGUCCUCCCCCAGAGACGCCCACACCUCACUGGCUGUGUCUCCAGCAACAUGGAGACUUUCCGCUGCAGAUGGCAUGUCGGCACUUUCCAGAACCUCUCCGAGCCCGGAGAGCUGCGCUUAUUCUACAUGAACAAAAAACCCUCCCUUGCCUCUCCUAAAGAGUGGAGCGAGUGUCCUCUCUACAGCACUGACCGGCCAAACGAGUGCUUCUUCAAUGAGAACCACACAUCCAUCUGGACGUAUUACAGUGUCCAGCUCCGCUCGAGGGAUCAAGCCGUCCUCUACGACGAGAGCCUUUUCUAUAUUCAAGACAUUGUGCAACCAGAUCCACCAGUCGGCCUGAACUGGACGCUGCUGAAUGUCAGUAUGACCGGGAUUUACUAUGACAUCAUGCUGAGCUGGAAGCCUCCACAGUCUGCAGACGUAGCGAUGGGAUGGAUGACGCUGCAGUACGAGGUCCACUACCGCAACGUCAACUCCAACCAGUGGGAAGCAGUCGACCUUGUGAAAAGCACACAUCGCUCCCUUUAUGGGCUUCAAACUAACAUCAUUCACGAGGUUCGGGUCCGGUGCAAGAUGCUUGGUUUGAAAGAGUUUGGAGAAUUCAGCGACUCGAUAUUCAUCCACUUCCCGUCCAAAGUGUCAAGAUUCCCUGUGGUGGCUUUGCUCAUCUUUGGUGCCUUGUGUUUAGUGGCCAUCCUGAUGUUAGUUGUCAUAUCGCAGCAGGAAAAGUUGAUGGUUAUUCUAUUGCCUCCAGUUCCUGGGCCUAAAAUAAGAGGAAUUGACCCUGAGCUACUUAAGAAAGGGAAGCUGAGGGAGUUGACAUCCAUCCUGGGUAGUCCCCCUGAUCUGAGGCCAGAGCUGUACAACAGCGACCCCUGGGUUGAAUUCAUCGAGCUGGACAUUGAGGAACAGAAUGACAGACUGACAGAACUGGACACGGACUGUCUCAUGGAGCGCUCCCUAUCCUCCAACUGCUCUCCCCUGUCCAUCGGCUUCAGAGAUGACGACUCGGGCCGUGCCAGCUGCUGCGACCCAGAUCUCCCCAUCGACCCGGAAGUAUCACCUUUCCAUCCUCUCAUCCCAAACCAAACCCUCAGUAAAGAACCGUCAUGCCCGGCAGCAUCUGAGCCGAGCUCCCUGGUCCAGAGUCCAACCGCUGAGGAGCCUCCUUUUGCAGCUGUGGGCAGGGAGGCUUUUUACACUCAGGUGAGUGAGGUGAAGUCAUCUGGCAAGGUGCUGCUGUCACCUGAGGAGCAGACUGAGGCGGAGAAAACCACUAGCAAAGGCUCAAUAAAAGACAUCGUGGCGGAAAAGGAGAAAGAAAAGAAAGAAUUUCAGCUACUUGUGAUGAAUGCAGAUCUCGGAGGUUACACCUCAGAGCUCAACGCAGGGAAAAUAAGCCCAAGAGUCUCCACGGGGGAUGUGAGUGAGCCCUGCCAGACAGCAGGCGGCUUUACGUCUUUGCCAUCCCCAUCACCUUACUACAAAUCAGAUACCACCACCACAUCCCCACUACAACCUGCUCCUGUCUACACCAUGGUAGAGGGUGUUGACACACAGAACAGCCUCUUACUCACACCAAACUCGACACCUGUUCCACAACUGAUAAUUCCAAAGGCCAUGCCCACACCAGACGGCUACCUUACCCCUGAACUUUUGGGAAGCGUCACACCGUAGAUCAGCAGUGGGCUGUGCAAAAUGAAGACUAUUCAAUCAAAGGCAGAGAUAUGCUUCGGCACAGUCUUGGAGAUUGAUUUUCCCAAGGUCGUGUUUCAAUGUGAGCUUGCCUAAAAUAGUUGAGGGGGGCCAUCUGUGCCUGUCCUGACACCACCUCUACCUCCUCUGACCUCCCACUGCACGGUUUGAAAGAGCUGCAAAGACCAUUCAGUCAGAAGAUGGGUAUGAACGCUGAAGAGGGCACAAGAAUGUGUUUGUAGAAAGGGAACCAAAAGGGAAAUAACACAAGCGGAGGCUGGGAAUUGCCUCAAUAAUUCAAUAUUCUGACAACUAAAACAGGCUUACAACACAACUUAUUAAAUAACUACAUUUGUUAAGGCUAGAUUGAUCAAUUUAGGCCACUAGAGAGCAGAAUAAUCCCCCAACAGCCUGAGAGACUCAGCGCUAGCAUAUAAAAUCCUUAUAUAGUCGUUUUCGCUAACACACUUUACACAUCCAGCAGGGAAAGAGCAAUUCUUUCAUUUAUUUAAACUUGCGUUUCUGUCCAACUAAUGAAUGUAAGUCCAGUAUUCACUCUCAUCACCAGUUACUCUGUAACUUUUGUCUGCUAUUUGCCACUAUGAACUAAAAGACACUAAAAAGCUCUAGGGCUGCAGAGUUGCUGGUAAUUCCCUGUUGUGUUGUCACUUCAAGAGACACCUUUCACAUUACAGGUAGUCAUUUAAUUACGUUUUUUGAUGUAAAAAUAUUGACUAAUGCUUCUUUAAUGAGAGUAUGUUUACUUGUUCUGUCUUGUUCUUGACAUUUUGUACAUAUCAAAAUCUUUCUUUUUGAUAAAAUCAGGUAAUGUGUAUUGAUAUACCCUGUGAAAAAUGUAAACGUAAAUUAACCAUGUGCCCUCUUUUUAUGAAUCAAAAUGACUGCUUUUCAUAUCUUUUCAGUCUUUCAGAUGAGUGUUACCUCAAUGGAAAUGUUACUUAACCAAUAAGAUAAAUUUUUAACACUCAGUCUUAUUGGGGUUCAUAUGUCAUGUUGUUGCCAACAGAUGAACCCUUGAAAAAGCUAAAUAAAUGGGUUGUCUGUAAAACGAUCAACUGUAGCAUAAAUCAUUAAAUGGUUAUCUUACUUUAAUACCUUUACAUGUAGUGUUCUGUAGGCUUAAGCUGUGAAAUGAAUUCAGAGCUGGAAGCAAAAAGUAUUUGAUUGUCUUCUACAAGACAUAUCAGUAGGUUCAGUCAGUAUUUUGAGUGCAUGGGCUGUUUUGUUUU